CAUAAAUAAAUUAAUCAACAAAAAGUGAAAAGCUUCUAGUCUCAGUUAAAAAAACGUCGACGUCCAACUUUCAUCCAUACUUUAGUUUGUAUUUUUAUAUAUUUAAAUAAAUAUAAACCUUAAAAGUAGAAAUUCCAUACAAAUCUGUAUCUUACUGUGUGACGAAUAAUGUAUUAUUAAUAAAAUAUUCACCCGUAAUUAGUUAAAAACAUUUGUUUGGUGUGAAAUAUAUGUGUUUAUUGCUUCUUUGCCAAAUCAGCUGCAGUACUCAGCAUCUCAGCCGUGUGACUAAAUUCUAACUAAACACAUCUUAGCGGGUGAAGCAACUAAACUUGAUGACUACAACUAGGUAGAGUUGUUGUUAAAUAAUAAAAAAAAAGAAAACACUUCAUGCUAAAAAAAGAAAAGAUUCCCUCCGUGCGUCCCUCGUCGUCUUCUUGAAUGCGUCACACUUGAGUUCCAUUCGCAGAAGCAAAAGCUACUAACAGCAGGUUGUUUGGCCAAAUAAAAAUGGAAAACUAAACUUAACGGAGAGGUCACCGGCAGCGGUGCGGCCGGCGACGAGCGUACGGCGGCGAUAACAACGACCAAAACCGACUGCUCCCCAUAAGCAAACGUCGGUCUGUCGGUAUCUGUAGUGUGUAGGUACGUGAGUCGUUUUGUACAGCUGUCCCCACUUGUAUCAUUCGUCCCCGUCACCUCAAUGAAAAUGCUAAUAGGAAUUAAGCUACAAAAACAAAGCAACUACUACUGCCGUCCUCCAUGCGAAAGCGAAUUCAAAUCUAAUUCAUCGGUGAGAUAGAAACGCAAACGAUCGACGACCAAAUAUAAUACCAGACCCCCUCGAGAGAACCGUCAAACUAUCUAAAAGCUAAAUAAGACAACCCAACUCGUGGAAUUAAACUUGCGUUUAAUCAGUUUCAGUCUCAGUCCAAAGAGUGCCAAAUGUUGAUUGUAGAUGGUCGGUCGGUCAUAGUCAUUCUAUGUUGUGGUGGUGGCGGUGCGCGAUUUCAGAACUCAGCAUCGAAAUAGUAAAUACCAGAGAGACAGACCCAACAGACAGACAGAAAGAAAGAGAACGAGCAGCAAGUGUGUUCUAACUUUUCGACUUUCGAGGCAAUAAAUCUCAUUCCGGUUUCGGUUUCGGUUCGUGGGUCGGUUUGGUUUGAACAAGAAGUACAGCAAAACAAAAAAAAGAAGAAUAAACUUCAAUCUUUCCUGUAAGACUCGUUUGACCUGUUGUUCGUUGCCGGCUAAAGAAUAUCGUACUCCAUGCCAUUGCCAAAUAGAAUAUAGUUAGUAAGUCGCGUGUUAAAAUUUGCUGCUUUUGAAAAGGAAGUGAAAAGAAAGUUGACCGGUUGACCUGCGCCAGAAUAACAGCAAAACAGCAACAACAUCGUCGCAAACGGUUUUGCUGAAGCUUUACGCAUUGCGAAAAUGUAUUCUCCUGUGAGCACACACGAAAGCUAUCCCGACUAUCCUGAGUCAGAAAUGGACGAUCGUGAUAGUCUAUAUUUUGAUACAAUAUCUUUGGCUGGAUCCGAAGCGGCUAACAAUCGACGUUCACUUUCACAGUCCCGCAUGACCAUCUACCAUUCAGCUGUAGAUUUAGCAUACGAUGGCACCCCCAAACGUAACAGUCGUGGUUUGGAUAAGAACGGAAUAGGUAACUAUCGCCAUUCAGCGGCGGCUGCUCUGACCAAUAAUGGACAUGACGAUGGACAUUACUCGGAUCAAAACAACAUAGCUGCCAACAACAACGGACUAAACGAUGAGGUCUCUAGCCGACUUAUCCCUAGUAGUUCUUGUAAUAAAGAUAAGAAAUUGCCAAUUACGUACUCCCAGUGGAAGUUUAGGACAAGAAGACGAUUUCAGGAUGGUGAACGGAGUGUUGACUUUGUACUGGCUUACAAUGGCGACGACACAAGCACAGAUAAUGAAAUCAAAAGAAAUAUAUUCGAAGCUAAUUUGGAAAAUGAAGGCCUCCAAUUGGAAAGGGACAAAACGCAAAGGGUAUAUUUUGUUAAAAUCCAUGCACCCUUAGAAGUUUUAUGUCGUAAUAGUGAAAUACUUAAAAUAAAACUGCCAAUGAAAUGGCUAAAAGGGCAAUCGGAACUGACUGAUAAAAGUUUUCAACUCUUAGAUGCCAUAAAAAACCUCUUUGGUUGGUGCUGUUCCUCUGUAGAAUUGGAUACAUCUAAGUUUCCACCACGAGAAUAUAGAAUAUAUUGCGAAUUUUCUAGAAGUUAUCGUCUUCUAUUUGACUGCGAAAAACCAAACUUUUUCGAUGCAACUGUUAGAAGCUCCAUAAUAAAUUUCAUCCUAGAAAGACAACAUUUUGUUCAAGGUGAAGAAAGUCCGGAUAAUUUAGGCAUUGAAAAACUUAUUUCGGAUGGAGUUUACGAAGCUGCAUAUCCGUUGCAUGAUGACAAUGAUAAAGAGCUACUUUUAAAUGAAUGGGCAACUAUUCGAAAAUGGGCAGACCACCAGCCUUUGGAAAAUGUGAGAGAAUAUUUCGGACCGAAGGUUGCCUUAUACUUUGCUUGGCUGGGAUUUUACACGCACAUGCUUAUACCAGUUAGCAUAAUUGGUGUUAUUUGUUUUGUUUAUGGCCUUGUCACAUGGGGCUCAGAUACCAUUAGCGCCGAAAUAUGUUCUGCUGACAAAACCACUUUGAUGUGCCCACAGUGUGAUAAACGAUGUGAUUACUGGAAACUACAGGAUACUUGUAAUUCGUCGAAAAUUAAUUAUUUGAUAGAUAACAACUUGACUGUGGUGUUUGCGUUUGUUAUGUCAGUUUGGGCCGUUAUAUAUCUUGAACUAUGGAAACGUUAUUCUGCACGUCUUAUACACAAGUGGGGUCUAGUAGGAUUUAGUCAAGAAAUUGAGCACCCACGACCGCAAUAUCUCUCAAAAAUUCGAAGAGCCCGUUUGAAAAAACUAAAAAUUAUCAAUAAUGUUUUUGAACCAGAUGUGCCUUUUUGGAGAAUAAAAUUUCUUUCAGAUCUCACCAGCUAUUCAAUUAUGCUUCUUUUUAUAAGCAUUUCUGUAAUAGCAAUUUUCUCAUUAAUCGUCUAUCGAAUGGCUCGACGUGCCUCGCACAGUAUUUUAGGAAAUGAAGAUACAGCCACAUAUAAAAUACUGGUUAUGCCAUUAACUGCUGGUGUCAUCGAUUUAGCUGUUAUUUCAUUACUUGACUAUGCAUAUUCGCAUCUUGCGGUAUAUUUAACAAAUCUAGAAUAUCGUCGCACACAAACGGAAUACGAUGAAAGUCUGACAAUCAAAAAUUAUGUAUUCCAAUUUGUCAACUACUACACCUCGCUUUUCUAUAUUGCCUUUUUAAAGGGCAAAUUUGUUGGCUAUCCAGCAAAAUAUAAUCGAAUAUUUGGAUUUAGACAAGAAGAAUGUGCUCCAGGAGGAUGUCUCAUGGAACUCUGUGUACAAUUGGUCAUUAUAAUGGUUGGAAAACAGGCAGUGAAUGCAAUUAUUGAAAUCUCAAUUCCUUAUGCGAUGAAUGCUUAUAAAAAACUUCAAACUAAUUUCGGUAUAAAACGUAAACGAAGCGAAGAAAAACUAAUUCCAUGUAAUCAAUGGACUGAGGAUUAUAAUCUUAUACCAUGGACACAUAGUUCGUUGUAUUUUGAGUACUUGGAAAUGGUCCUUCAAUUUGGAUUCAUAACACUGUUUGGUCUGGCUUUCCCACUUGCCCCACUUCUAGCCCUUAUUAACAAUGUGAUAGAAAUGCGUUUGGAUGCAUUCAAAAUGUUAAAGUUCUUUAAAAGACCAGUUGCCCAGAGAGUUCGAAACAUCGGUGUUUGGUAUAACAUAAUGGCAAUCAUAAGCAAAAUUGCUGUAGCAUCAAGUGCUAUGAUAAUAGCAUUUUCUACAAAUUUAAUACCUAAACUAGUCUAUGUAACUACAACCCACGACCAAUCAUUAAAAGGAUAUUUGAAUUUCACUUUGGCUCACUUCAAUACUGAAGAUUUUCAGGUACAACCUAUAACUAGUCUUUAUGAAAAUGUUACCACCUGUCGGUAUACUGAAUUUAGAAAUCCUCCAUGGGAUGAUGCACCCUAUAAGCGACCAUUGAUUUAUUGGAAAAUAUUGACAGCAAGGUUGGCGUUUAUUGUUAUCUUUCAGAACAUUGUCGGUAUGAUUCAAGCAAUAGUGGCUUGGUCGAUUCCGGAUGUACCAGGAAAACUUCUUAAACAAAUCAAACGAGAAGACUUCCUUUUGCGUGAAAACAUAAUCGAAUAUGAGAAAAAAGCUGCCGCUGAAUUGGCAUCCCAAGCCCGAAACCAACAGCCUGCAGAUAGCAAUGCCACGUCGUUAUCAGAUCACCCUAAAAUUUCCCUAGAAAACGAUGUACUAAGGCGGCGCUACAAUACUGUAAACGAUGAAAACAAUGAAGAACAAACAUCAUCGGUCUAGUUUUUAGUUUACACUGUAGUAAGUUAUAUAAUUGCAUUUAUCUGCUUCGAAUUCCUCGUACGAAAAAAAGAAAAAGCUAGUUUCUUUCAAUUGUAAUUAAAAUAAGAAAAAUUUAAUUUAAGUAGGUACAUAAAUAAAUACGAAAAAAUUAAGAAUAUUAUAUGUAAAUGUGCUCAACAAAGCUUUAUACGUAGAAAAUGAGUAAUUGUACAAUUUCAAAAAAUGGAUUAAGCUUUAAAGAAAAGUCGUUAAUAUUAUGUAUUGAAAUUAGUAACAACAAUAUUUAAUACACAUUUAAUACUCAAGAACUGCCUUUAUUUACAGAUUUUUUCUACGAAAUAACAGUUUUCGUUUGAUCAAAUGUUGUGUAGAUUUUUUAAUGUUUUAAACAAUUUUUUGUAUAUGUAAUUUAUUUAUAAAACAAACAAAUAAUAGUUAUAUGACACAGUGACAUUAUUUGAAGUUAUACACAAUACACAACUUUGAGUUUAAUUGAAAGCUUAAAUCAGACCAGACCAGGCCAGACAUUCGUCCAUUUUUACAAUGAAAUGCAAUAUCGGUUGUUUAAACUAAAUCGUCAUCAUUUUUUUUUAUUAAAACACAAACAAAACCAUCACAAAUAAUAUAGAGCUUUUAUACAAUACAACAAUCAUAGUUAAAAAAGAA